AUGAAAGGCCUUCUUCCUAUAAGAAACGGUUAUCGACAUGCUGAAGAAUGGCGGAGUUCAUCUGGAGCUGCUGUGCUCGAGAAGCUCCUAAAACUUUUCUCUCUGAGAAAUGUUGCUUUUGUCAUGUUCCUUAGUAUUUACACUCUUUUUGUGCUACUUCUUCGGGGCGGAUUCCCACUGGAUGACUCGACAUUUCGUAGAGAGAAGAGUAAAGUUGUUGUUAGAAACAUUUAUGAUGACUAUGAUGUGGGCUGUAAUGGUUAUUCCAUGGAUUUUCGGAUAUCAGAACAACAGCGUAUUUUACGUAGCGUUCGGAGUGAACUUACUGAUUCUUCGGCAAAACUGCGAGAAGUCACUACUGUUUACGAGGAUUUAACCAAGAAGAUCCCUGAGAAGCAGCUCGAGCUUAUUGCUAUAACAGACGAAAUUGAAAGUGCGAGGAGAACAUUAAGGGAGCUUCAGGAUCGUCGUAAUGUUCGAGUUUUUCUCCCUCACAAGCCUGUUCACUAUGCUGAUGUGGUUCCCACCACUAAUAUUAAUCAUUCUCCUUUUUCAAUGCUCACCUGGGAAACAGCAGUAGACUUCAGUCGUUGCUCUAUCACAUCGUUCAUGCCUUUGUACAUAAUCGAUCAUAUUGAACUAUCUUCUUCUAUGUCUGGGUUCAAAAAAGAGCUUUUGUCGCAAGGAAACAUUGUUCAGGAUCCUAACAGUGCUUGUUUGUCAUUCAUUCUAACCAACACUCCACUAAAUUCGUCCUUAAAACUCCCGGAUUCUGGUCGUAACACUGUCGUUGUCAAUUUUGGAGAUCCGUUCAGCGUUCCAGAAUCCUUUUCUGUCAUUAUGGUGCAACAGCUGUCUUAUACACAUCUUGCAAGACCUGUUGAUUUCAACUUGUUCCUUGACGUGCCAGAGUACAGUAUUUCUUCUUGGAAGGAGAUGUAUACGUUAUUGCCAUAUUCUCGCAAGUAUCUUCUUUUCAUUCUCGUUGCACCGGAAGGGAAAGAAACACCUCCAUUGUUAUUCAACGAUCUUGAUCGUCUUAGUAUCUCUGCGGAGUCUUCGGGUGACAGUUUGAAGAUAUUGAAUUGUUCUGGUAAUUCUGAUGGCGUUCAUUGUCCUGGUUUGAAUGAAAUGGAAACUAUCAUGCGUGAAUCUACCUUCUGUGUCUCUCUUUCUCCGAAUCAUUACUGUCGUUUCUUUUGGAGCUCUCUGCGAACCGGUUGCAUUCCGGUGGUAACAUCAAUAGAUUUUCCUCUUCCUUUUGAAGAUCACAUUGAUUGGCGCCUUGCUUCUUUACGAAUUCCUCUAGCUAGAUUUCCUGAGUUAUACUUUAUUGUUCGCUCCUUCGAAAUGGCUGAAGUUCUAGAAAUGCGCAGAAUGGGGCGAAUUUUCUUCGAGCGUUAUCUAGGAGAUCAAAGAGCUAUUGUCAAGGCUUUGUUGGCUUCGCUUCGCGAAAAGAUUGGAAUUCCAUCUCCCCCAGAGGUUGCUACCAAGGCUGUUCCAUUAUUCAACAACUCAUUCACAGCUCCUAUUCUAACGCCCAUAAACGUACCUCCUAUAGAUGAUGAGUAUCUCGGUCCUCUUGAAGGACCAGUUGAUUCAGGGUCUUUUCUCCACAACUUCUCUUCAUUGUAUAUGUACUCUUACCUUUCUUGGAAUAUCAUCGGUCGUCCCGGUAAAUCGAUUGAGUUCUUGGAACAGUCCGUAGAUCCGCCAACGGAGUCCGAAUUCUAUCCUGAUUCUAGUGUAGGUUUUCGCCCAAUCGAACCUGGAUCAGGUGUUGAGUUCAGCAGAGCCCUCGGUGGAAACCGUGCUCGUGAGCAGUUUACAGUUGUUCUCUUGACCUAUAAUCGAGAUGCUGUGCUGGCAGCAUCGCUGGAGCGCCUUCAUCGCCUUCCCUACCUGAAUAAAGUCAUUGUCAUCUGGAAUAACGUCGCUAGGGAGCCUCUCGGGGCUUGGCCACGUUUGCAUGUUCCUGUCGAGUUCAUAAAGGUUGCCAAAAACAGCCUGAACAAUCGGUUCGUCCCAUGGGAUCGAAUAACAACGGAAGCUGUGCUUUCUCUUGAUGACGAUAUUGACCUGAAGCAGCACGAAAUUGUGUUUGCGUUUAGAGUAUGGAGGGAGAAUCGUCAUCGUAUUGUCGGUUUUCCAGCGAGACAUCACGCUCGAUACGGUGAUGAGAUGUACUAUAACAGUAAUCAUACAUGCCAAUUAAGUAUCAUCCUCACAGGAGCUGCUUUCUUGCAUAAGUCAUACCUUCAUGCGUACACUCAUCAAAUGCCUGAGGCAAUCCGCCAUCAUGUCGAUGACGUUACCAACUGUGAAGAUAUUGCCAUGAACUUCCUCGUCUCGCAUAUCACACGAGAACCUCCAAUUAAAACGACGAGUAAAUGGACAUUGAGGUGUCCGACGUGCACGGAGACGCUGUCGCAAGACGAAUCGCAUUUCCGCGAGCGGCACGAAUGUAUUCGUCUCUUCACCAGAAUUUAUGGAUACAAUCCGUUAAAGUUCUCGCAGUUCCGCGCCGAUUCUGUUCUCUUCAAAACCCGUUUGCCUCCAGACAAGCAGAAGUGCUUCAGAUUUGUAUAG